GCCUGGCUUCCCGCAGGAGCAGCGAUGCCAUUUGCUUCCUAGGAGGAAUUUUGUAUUUAGAGAAGGAAGCUGUCUCCCUCCCCAGGAAAUGGCUUUCCUUGUGCGUUGCUAUGCCAACUGCCUGCAGCCAUGGUCCUCCAAACUUCCUGCAGAUUUCACAAAGCUGCACCUCACGGACAGUCUGCACCCACAGGUGGCCCACGUCUCUUCCAGCCACUCAGGAUGUAGCAUCACUAGCGACUCUGGAAGCAGCAGCCUCUCUGAUAUUUACCAGGCCACAGAGAGUGAGGCCGGGGACAUGGACCUGAGUGGGCUGCCGGAGACGGCGGUGGACUCUGAGGAUGAUGACGAUGAGGAAGACAUCGAGAGGGCCUCGGACCCUCUGAUGAGCAGGGACAUCGUGCGGGACUGCCUGGAGAAGGACCCGGUCGACAGGACAGACGACGACAUCGAACAACUCUUGGAAUUCAUGCACCAGCUGCCCGCCUUCGCGAACAUGACGAUGUCGGUGCGGCGGGAGCUCUGUGCUGUGAUGGUGUUCGCCGUGGUGGAACGAGCGGGCACCAUCGUGCUGAAUGACGGCGAAGAGCUGGACUCCUGGUCUGUGAUUCUCAACGGCUCUGUGGAGGUGACUUACCCGGACGGGAAGGCGGAGAUCCUGUGCAUGGGGAACAGUUUCGGCGUCUCCCCCACCAUGGACAAGGAGUACAUGAAAGGGGUGAUGAGGACGAAGGUGGACGACUGCCAGUUCGUCUGCAUCGCCCAGCAGGAUUACUGCCGUAUCCUCAACCAAGUGGAGAAGAACAUGCAGAAGGUGGAGGAGGAAGGGGAGAUUGUCAUGGUGAAGGAGCACCGCGAACUGGAUCGCACCGGGACCCGGAAGGGCCACAUCGUCAUCAAGGGCACCUCGGAAAGGCUAACGAUGCAUCUGGUGGAGGAGCAUUCGGUGGUGGAUCCAACAUUCAUAGAAGAUUUCCUGUUGACCUACCGGACUUUUCUUUCUAGCGCAAUGGAAGUGGGCAGAAAAUUACUGGAGUGGUUUAAUGACCCGGCCCUCAGGGAUAAGGUGACACGGGUAGUCUUGCUGUGGGUGAAUAAUCACUUCAAUGACUUUGAAGGAGACCCUGCAAUGACUCGAUUUCUAGAAGAAUUUGAAAAUAAUCUGGAAAGAGAGAAAAUGGGCGGCCAUCUAAGGCUGCUAAACAUUGCCUGCGCCGCCAAAGCCAAAAGGAGACUGAUGACGCUGACAAAGCCGUCCCGGGAAGCCCCUCUGCCCUUCAUCUUGCUCGGGGGCUCUGAGAAGGGCUUUGGGAUCUUUGUUGACAGCGUGGAUUCAGGCAGCAGAGCCACCGAAGCAGGCUUGAAACGUGGUGAUCAGGUAUGA